AUGGCAUUCAGCAACGGUGAUGCAAACUUUUUCUUGACCAAGGCUCAUGACUCUAACGAUUCUAUUGAGUUCCGUAGUGCCUCUUAUUGUGAUGAUUUACAACCAAGUUGGCGUUCUAACUACGAAGGCAAUUAUCAAAACUGGAAUGCUGAAUGCAUCUGCUCCCAUUACCUCCUCUCUUGGGCUUAUCAGGUAGCUCAUGGCAUGGAAUAUCUAUCGAGGAGGAACGUUUUACAUUGUGAUUUGGCGGCCAGGAAUAUUUUGUUAUCUACUAAUAACAUCGUUAAGAUUUGUGACUUUGGUUUCGCCCAGACGUUGUACAAAGACAUCAAUUAUACGAGGCUACACGAUGUAAAAUUGCCGUAUAAGAGGAUGGCCAUCGAAUCCCUCAGGGACGGAACAGCAAACCUAGGCAUGCAAGCCUCAGUAGUAUACCAAAAACUUAUUGACGGAUACAGAAUGGGCCAACCUAGAUAUGCAACAAAAUACUUUUACAACAUCAUGCUCAACUGCUGGGAGGACGAGCAAACUUUAAGACCAUCAUUCACAAAACUAUUAAAAACUUUUGGUAUGCUUUUAGAUAAAAGUACGAGAAUGCACUUCGGAAAACUGUACCAAGAGUAUGAGAACAUUAAUAAGGAAGCAGACUUAAAAAGAGGAAAUAAUUAUUUGAUAAAUAUGUCUUCACCAGAUAAGGUAGCACUUGCUCUGCCUCAACAGAACUACAAAAAUCAUUUGCUACUGCCAAACAUUACACAAAGUGUUUUGAGAGAGAAAUCGACGAAUCGCUGUACAAAUAAACAAAAUCAAGAUGAUGCAGAUGAAGUUAUAACAGACAAAAAACAUGUACGUUUGACGGAAAAUUCAACUGUUCCUCUUUCUAAAUGGAAGCUGGAGCUGUACAAAGAAUCUUAUCCUAAAAAUCCUUACAAAAUGGUCAAAGCUUUAAUGAUUGAUCUACUAGGUACUGAAAGAUUGAAAAAAAUGUCGCCAAGUGGUAGUAAUAACCGAGAAAAAAUACCAACUUAUAUUUAUGACGGUGUUUUUGAGUUUGCUACGUCGAACACAAAAAAAGAUAUCGUCUAA